AUGUCAUUGAUGACCAAAAAAGUGGAUGAAGAAGAUUUUGCUGAACGUUUUCAUCGGAUCGCUUAUAGUCGCCCUUCAAGUACAUGCUUAAUCAUCGAUGAAAAUUUGAAUGAUGUCUCAGAGUAUACAUACGCUAGUGUACAUGAUGCAUCAUGUCGAUUCGAACGAGGACUACGUACUAUUCCCAUCGAGCCUAAACAAUUGAUUGCCAUUCAGAUGGAACGAAGUGCUAAUUUAGUUAUAAGUGUAGUAGCAUGUCUUCUCCAUCGUUCUCCAUUCGUACUUAUAGAGCCGAAUAUACAAGGCACACGACGAAAUCUCUUUCUUACUGAUACGAUGCCUGCUCUGCUUAUUACUGAUCAAACCUCUUCAAUUACUGAUAGUGACCUUCCUACAUCAGCCAUUAGUUGCUCAUUUUCAGAAAUACUACAGCAAGGAUAUCAGUCAGAUAUUCUUGCUCCACUUGAAAUUCAUUCAUGUGAUGAUACAAUGUGUAUAAUUUAUACAUCGGGAUCGACCGGUCAACCGAAAGGUGUUUUAGUUCCUUAUCGAGCCAUAUACAAUAGAUUUCGCUGGAUGUGGAGAACAUAUCCAUGGAGUGUCGAUGAUGUACAAUUAUGGCAAACAUCAGUGAUGUUCUCCGACUAUAUAUGGGAGAUGCUUGGUGGUCUAUUGACAGGUGUACCAACCGUGGUGGCAUCUGCAACUACUAUGCACGACUCUUGCCUGUUGCUCCAAUUGAUUCAACGAACGGCUGUCACACGUAUUACACUCAUUCCAAGCGUGCUUUCCCGCUUGCUUAAAUUGUUACCAACGAUGUUGGAUGGCUGUUUCAAUUCCCUUCGCUAUGUAAUUGUUAGCGGAGAAACGCUACCCAAAAUUAUAUGUAAAGAAUUUUUGGCUUUGUCAUCAAAAGCUCUCUUAGUGAAUUUGUAUGGUUCUACAGAAACCGUUAAUGGUGCUACAUAUUAUGAAGUGCGUCAUCUAAGUGAUGAAUAUGAUACAGUUCCUAUUGGUAAACCUAUUGAUAAUAUAUAUUAUAAGAUUGUCAGUGAUGAACUAUGGAUUUUUGGUGACGGACUCUGUAAUGGCUAUUUGAAUGAUUCUGACAUGACAGCGUCUAAGUUCAGAUAUGAUGUUGACGGACGUCGAUAUUUCAAGACAGGUGAUUGCGCUCGCGAGUGUGACCAAACAGGCCAGUUGCUUUUUUUAGGCCGUAUCGAUAGUAUACAGGUGAAAAGUGGUGAUGCACGUAUACGACUGGAAGAAGUUGAAGCUGUCUGUAUGCAGAAUCCUCUUGUGCGUGAAUGUGGAUGUUUUAUUCAUGAAGCAAAAGCUCAGCUUAUUGCUGUAGUGCACAUGUCUUCGUGUGAUCUAUCUGACAGUGUUCUUCAGCAGUGGAUUAGGAAUCACCUGCCGGAGUUCGAAGUGCCAUCGGUGUUUAUUUGUGCAACUACAGCAUUGCCUCGAACAACGAGUGGCAAGAUCGACCGCAAACAACUGGUUCUGCAGUAUGAAAAUCGAGUACAGGAUAACUCGAGUCUUAUGACCAACGGGAUCAACAACUAUGAACAUUCUCAACGAGUAAUGGAUCUUUGGUAUAGCACAUUAGAAACUCGAGAAGAUGACGAAAAAAGCAGUCAAUUAACAUUCACCGAACUUGGUGGCCAUUCACUUCCGGCGAUGCAACUUCAAUGCGCUCUUCGACGCGAGUUCAACAUUCAAGUGCCGAUUGAACAAUUUUUUUCCCAAACUAAUCUGUCGGAUUUAAUUGAAUAUGUCGAGAAUUCAACACCGAUGAAGAAGUCAUUUGAAGAUACCAGAGGUCUUCUCGAACUCAAACUUGAUAUUAUCAGUCCGUCGACCGCAGUAUUUAAUGUUCUUGCACAACAAGAAGCCUCACAAGUGCUGUUCAAUUCUCUACGAAAGAUUUACUUUGGGGGUGAAAAAGUGAAUAUAAAGCAUUUGCGUCGUGCCAUGGAACAUCAAGUUCUUGACAAAUUUGUUCAUGUUUAUGGGCCAACGGAAACAACAGUGUUUGCUUUAUUUUAUGAGCUCAGCGGUCCGAUCCCAGGUGAAGCAUUGACUGUACCUAUUGGAACACCUCUAACAAAUACGUCUGUCUAUAUUGUCGAUAAGUCAUUUCAACUGAUGCCGCGUGGAGUGCCCGGAGAACUAUUGAUUGGAGGCAUGGGCUUGAGUUAUGGCUAUCACAAUCGUACUGAUUUGACGCAACAAAAGUUCAUUCCUAAUCCGUUUGGUGAAGGCCUUGUUUAUUGCACUGGUGACAUUUGCCGUAUGUUAGAUAAUGGCAAUAUUGAAUUUCUUUAUCGUGAAGAUAAUCAAGUUAAACUCCGAUCACAACGUCUUGAACUGGGAGAAAUCGAAUUUCAUCUUCUUCAACAUGAACUUAUUGCAGAUGCCAUUGUUAUAUUACGUGAAGACAUAACGGAAGAAGAGAAGUAUCUUGUCGGCUAUGUUCAGCCAUUAUAUUCUUCUUCUCUACUGGAUUCUGAUGAAGUACGAACUUUUCUCACCAAGCGUCUACCUGAAUAUAUGAUACCAACUUAUAUUGUGCCAGUGGCUCAAUUUCCUCUUAACACUGUUGGCAAGAUUGACAAAAAGUCUCUUCCAAAGCCAUCCCAAGGAGGAUCAUCAUUGAAUAUUCCAGGAUUUAUUAGUCAAAUAUGUGCUCAAGUAUUGAAAAACAAGGAUGUCGAUAUGAACAGUAACUUCUUUCGACUUGGUGGUCAUUCUCUCUCUGCUAUGGAAAUGAUCGCAAAAUUGUAUGAAACCCUCGGCGUUCAAAUUACCAUUCCGAUGGUAUUUCAGGCAAAAUCAAUGUUCGAACUUGCUCGAUGCAUAGAGUCACAAAUAAGCCAGAAUAAAGAAAAACCAAAACAGUCGAUAAAAAUUUUCGAUAACAUAGAUAAUCAAUGUCGCGCUCCCUUAACUCCAGCACAGCAGCAAUUUUGGCUACUUUGGAAAUUGAAACCUGAUAGUUGUUACUAUAAUGUACCGAUUGCUUUCGAGAUUACUGGUGAACUAAAUGUGGCAGUACUUAGUCGCUCUCUUCAUUAUCUUAUGUCCAAGUUUGCUUUAUUACGAACUAAAUUCGAGGAAGAAUGUAGCGGUACAUGCUGGCAAGAAGAGAAGAAUGAUUGGAAUCUACCUUUUAUUGAAGAAUCCAUCGAAGGUACACUACAAAUGCUCGAAGUUCGAAAACGAUUACAAUAUUAUUCGAUGCGAGAAUUCGAUUUGAAGAAAGGAGAUACAUGCCGAUUCGUCAUUCUGCACUUAUCUGGUAACCAGCAUGUACUAUUAAUUUGUUUUCAUCACAUUGUAUGUGAUGGGCAAUCAGUCACUCGAUUCUUCAAGGAACUAUUUGAUCUGUACGCUGCGGGGAACUCAACAGUGUUAUUGGAAUCGAACAAAGAAAAAUCAUUUUAUGACUAUGCAAUAAAUGUUUCCGAAACACCAUGUUCCAGUCAGCAGUUGAACAAUAUGGUUAAUUAUUUAAGUGACUUUCGCUCUCUGAUGCUGGACACAGAUUUUGGUGUUCAACAAGAUCAAGAUAUUGUUUUAGAUUCACACAUCUUCUUAUUCCUGGUUCCUACAGAAUUAGCAACAAAACUAAGAGAGUUGGCAAUAUCUCAUGCUUGCACAUUACAUACCCUUCUACUGACGUUGUUCAAAUGUUUACUAAGCGUGUAUUGUUUUAACACAUCCGAUAUUGUGCUUGGAUCUAUUAUAUCUUUACGUUCACAACCGGGUAUCAGCGAUCUAUUCGGUCCAUUAAUUAACACAAUUCCAAUACGUACAAGACUACCUAAUGAUGCCAAUACGACAUUUAUCGAUCUCCUUGAAAGUGUACGGGAUUCAGUUUUAUUUGGGAUGGAACAUCAGAUGGUGCCAUUUGCUGAUAUCGUACAGCGUUUGCGCUUAGUGAGCACAGAUCCGAGCCUUUUUACAUAUCUUCCAGUGGUACGGGUACUCUUUCAGACAAAUACCUACAAUUUGUUUAAUCGCACAGAGACAUUUUCGGAUGGAACUAAAUGGGCAAGUGUGCAUGACUCAGCAUUAUUGUUACCCUAUACGAAAUCAGACAUCGAUCUUGAGAUUAUGGAUUAUGGUAGUGGACAACCAUUCUCAGUUGGUUUUCAUCUUAACUGUAAACUUUUCCGAUCUGAAACAACAAAAAUAAUGGCAAAUUGUUAUCGGUGUGCACUUGAAACGAUCGCUAAGGAGCCAACGUGUUUAAGAACAUAUUUGUGGCAAAGAUUACAAGCAAUCCGACAAAACGAUUCUGACAUGAUUCUUCAUGAAUGUUUUCGUCGACGAGUCGAGACUCGACCGGAUCAUCAAGCCGUCAUUUACCAAGAUCAAGUGUGGACAUAUGCCGAACUGUUACAGCGAGCAGAACAAAUUGCGUCAUAUUUAUAUGACAGAGAAGGAAAGUCAAAGGAAGUAAUUGGCUUAUACAUGAAACGAUGUCCUCAUCUGAUAGCAGCCAUGCUUGGUGUACUCAUGGCAGGUUCAACCUAUCUUUAUUUGGAUCCAGAACUGCCUGAUAAACGGAUACGUAUAAUGCUUCAAGAUGCCGGCGCGCACCUAGUUAUAGAAGACGAAAAGGAAACAUCAUUCACACAUACAGCUUUUGAAAGCAUUCGCUUUCUUUCAAUUGACUUUUUUUUCCAGGAAUAUAAGCGUAGCGCACUGUUUCCUGUUGUCAAACCAUCAGAUAGUUGUUAUGUAAUAUACACGUCUGGUUCAACAGGUGAACCCAAAGGCAUUUUGAUUCAACACCAAGCAGUCGUUAGACGUGUUCGCAUGCCAGUUGCUAUCACACCUUCAUCCAGAGUAGCUCAGUUAUGUUCCUGUAGUUUUGAUGUUUACAUUCUUGAAAUUUAUGGAGCAUUGUUGAACGGAGCUACGCUCAUCAUUUAUGACAAAGCACUCAUCUUUCAACCAAAAGUACUUUAUCAACAAAUUAUUCAACAGCAUAUUACACACAUGUAUUUGCCGACGCCAAUUUUUAACAUACUUGCUGAAUAUGUUCCGGAUGUCUUCGCAAACAUGGAAUGCGUUCUAUUUGCGGGUGAUCGUGCCAAUGCUAAACUGAUGCGUACUAUAUUACAAAAAAGCGAGCCUCCAAAGCGAUUAAUCAAUGCCUAUGGGCCCACUGAAACGACCUGCAUUGCAACAUGGUACGAUACUUCAAUUAACAACAAUACCUUGUUGGACGAUACCCAAGUGCCUAUUGGUCUUCCUCUACCAGACACGCCAUUGUACAUUGUUAAUCCGACAACCCUUGAAUUAGUAGAAGAUGGUGAAGAAGGUGAGUUGCUGAUUGGUGGGUAUGGAGUGAGCAAUGGCUAUAUCAACAAUAUUGAUCUUACUACAACAAAAUUUGUUCUUAAUCGAUACGGUGAGAAAGGGAAAGUGUAUCGUAGUGGUGAUCGUGUGCGACGUUGUCCAGAUGGAAAUCUUCUAUUUCUCAGUCGACUUGAUACACAAAUGAAAGUCAAUGGAUUUCGUAUUGAACUAGCUGAAAUUGAGCAAGUGCUACAAGGUUACUCAACAAUUACCGAAGCAGUUGUUCUUGUACGAAACGAUAUUGUACCGAACACCCAGUCUAUCGUCGCAUAUGUUCGUCCAAAGAAAUUGAUAGAGAGUGAUAUUCGUCAGUAUCUUACUGCUCGGUUGCCCUCAUAUAUGCUACCAUCGUUCAUUGUACCAAUCGAUCAAUUUCCGAUCAGUUUCUCGGGUGGCAAACGAGAUGUGAAUAUCUUGCCAUUACCGUCACAGAAUUCUCUUUCAGAAAUCGAAUCCAAGAUACAAUUAGCUUGGAAUAAUGUUUUAAAUCUCGAUGUGAAUAAACGUGUGUUCAAGGCCGACGAUGAUUUUUUUAUGUGCGGUGGCACAUCGAUCAAUAUUGUCAAACUUCACACACAACUAGAACAACAGUUCGGAUUAACAAUUGAUCCUAUGAUCCUUUUCGAACAACGCACUAUAACAGCUCAAGUAAGAUGGCUAGCUUCCCUCGUGCAAGACUUUCAAAAGGCAAAAACUUUUCAAGAAGUAGAUACACUUAGAAAAGGUGUGGCAAUAAUUGGUUUGUCUGCUCGCUAUGGUCCGACGGAGACAGCAGAUGAUCUAUGGACAGCACUUCGCAAUGGUGUUGACUGUUGUUCACGCUUGACCCAUAAGGAACUUCUCGAGCAAGACCCAUCCAUGGCUUCUUUACUAGCGACUAAUCCGAACUAUGUACAAGCUGGUUCGACAAUGAAUAAUGCAUAUUGUUUUGAUCAUGCAUUUUUCGGCAUGACAAAGAUCGAUGCAGAAAUUACAGAUCCUCAACAUCGUAUCAUGCUUGAAUCUACGUAUGAAGCGCUAGAAAAUGCAGGACUAGUUCCACAAAGUUAUACAGGAACGAUCGGUAUGUUUGGAACGAUUAGCCGCAAUACAUAUGCAGAAUGCUACAAUCUAUUUCGGGCCAAUCCUUAUGAAAUGUACGAUGCUACGAAGGCUAGUAUGGGCAUCUCGACAUUUGACCCAGCUACCAUAAUGCGUGUAGCAAUAGGUAACAUGACGGAUGGCGCACCAACAUUCAUUUCAUAUAAAUUGGGCUUGAAUGGACCAGCGAUGGCAAUUCAAACAGCAUGUUCAUCGUCAGGCACCGCAUUACAUGUCGCUUUGCGUAGCCUUGAAGUAGGUGACUGUACAGUUGCGAUAGUGGCUGGCGUUUGCAUCAAUUUUCCUUUGGGUAUGGGUUACAAUUAUCAACCUGGAAUGAUUAUGUCAAAAACAGGUGUUUGUCAUGCAUUUGAUGAGGGUGCCGAUGGUGUCGUAGGUGGUGACGGAGCUGGUGUGGUAGUGCUCAUGAAAAUCACAGAAGCGGAAGCAAAUGGCUAUCCUAUUCGUGCUAUCAUUACAGGCUACGCCAUCAACAAUGAUGGACAGAAAAAGGCAACCUAUUCCACAACUAGCCCAGAAAUGCAGGCAAGUUGCAUGCAAAGAGCACUGAGUAUGGCUCAAAUUCAAUAUCCCCAGUUGGAGAUCGAUUACGUCGAAGGACACGGUGCAGGCACACAAAUGGGCGAUCUCUUAGAGAUUCAAGCAUUGACUAAGACAUACAAGAAUCAAAAUCAACCGACACAACGUCAGAUAUAUCUUGGCUCAAUCAAAACCAAUGUUGGUCAUACAGCUCACGCAGCUACUAUCGCUGGUUUGAUUAAAAUCAUUCUGUCGCUGGAAGCUUGUGAAAUUCCAUCGACACUUAAUUUUCAUCAUUUCAGCUCAACGGCAUUGCGUCUACAGCCACCUUUUGAGAUUAAUACUGAGACAAUCACCUGGCCAAGAGUCGACGGUGCUUCUCGACCUAGACGAGCAGCACUCAAUGCGUUGGGUCAAGGUGGAACCAACACUCACUUUAUCAUCGAACAAGGCUACUCGCCGGAGGAUUCGAAAUUAUCAUCCAAAUACCAUAUUUUCCUUCUUAGUGCAAAGACAGAUGAUGCUUUAUCAAAAGUUCGACAACGUCUACUAGAUCAUCUUAUCAAAGUAAAUGACAAUCAAUUAGCAAAUAUCGCUUUUACGUUGGCCUGCGGUCGAAUAGCAUAUAGUAAGCGCUGCUUUGUUGUUGCUUGUUCAACUGAAGAUCUCAAAAGACAAUUAUCGAGUACUACAAUACAGAUUAACAAAGAUGGUGAAAUCAAGCCUCGAUUAGUUCUCGUAUUUUCUGGACAAGGUAAUCAGUAUGCGGGCAUGGCUCAAUUACAACAAUGUGGUGCUCUGCUAUUUCGAGGAUUCGCUAUUGACACUCCUGAGGACUUCUCUCAGGUAGUGGAGGCUCUGGCUGACAAUAAUAAGACAUUUCUGGACUAUCGUGAUGGUAUAUCUCCACGGACACGCCUGACUGAUAAGGUAUUCACUUCGACUGAGUAUCCCAACCAAUUGGACAUGGCACUGCACAAUGAAAUGUCCUACUCGAAUAAUAUGCCUUCGAUGAUUUUCUUCUUUUGUCAAAUACCACCGGAUGAAGGUGCUGGUGGUGAGACACCUAUCGCCAACUCAGCUGCCAUUUUCGACACGAUUGAUCCUGAUAUUCGACAAGAAUUUAUUGAUAAAGAACUAAUUUACGUGACUAAUCUUCCAAGCAAGAUAAGUGGCUUUAGUGUCGGAAAAACAUGGCAAGAUACAUAUCAAACUGAAUCAAAAGAAGACGUGGAAGCAUUUCUCAAAGAUAAACACAUUCAAUUCAGAUGGUUACCAAACGAUCGUUUGCGGACAGUACGUCGAGGUCAAGCUGUCAGGUUACAUCAGGAUAGCGGUACAACUGUAUGGUGCAAUCAUGCUCAUUUAUUCCAUCCGACAGAUCUCAAUCAAUUGACAAGACAAGCGUUACAAAAGCGUUUAGAACCUUUGGAUAUGCCUAAAAAUUGUUUCUUUGGAAAUGGCGAUACCAUUCCAGACACAUCACUCCAUCAUAUACGUCAAGUUCUGAAACAGCACGAAGUGAAAUGGCCAUGGCGAAAAGGUGACGUUCUCGUGCUUGACAACAUCCGAACAGCUCAUGGACGGGCCUCAUUCACAGGCCAACGACGCAUUCUAGUCGCUAUGUGCUGA